AUCUGGAGUCAUUCACUUCUACUACUACAACAACGACACAACACACCACUGAGAAACAUGGAGAAAAUAUAUGAGACUAUUUGACGAAGGAGAUCCAAUAAAAUGGCACCUACUUGCCGGAAAAUGACGCGACAGCACAUCGACGCAUAUCUGCCACCGACAAAUACGCGAAAUCCGUUGGUUUUCGACGAGGAAUAUCAGAAUACGUGAGGUCAACAUUCCCACUAUAAUCCAAGAAAAAGAAGUAACACAAAAAAUGGCGACGGUUGUUGGUUCUGAGAAGGGUUCUGCUGAGCGGACUGCGAUGGAGAGGUUCGGUAGCGGAGGGAUGGCGCUUCUGCCUUGGACUAAACAGAUGCUCACCGUACUGUGGGAACAGCUCAGACUGCUGGUUCAGGUCAUAUACUACACCUUCAUCUCCGUUUUCCAGAUGUUCAGAUUUGAGGUUCACGUGAGAAUCACAGACGAGACGGGUCAACACAUCCAGCACAUGACUACGGCAGCAAACCCCACUGAAUCCUUCCUGUUCUCCUCGUUGUUUGACGGAGACAACGGUGUGAUGGUUGGAGGUUCGAACCCCCUCUCUAACUUCUGUGCCGAUGUGGGCGACUCCUUCGCCGGGAAAUCCACCGCCGAGGCCCUGCUGUCCACUCUGCGCGCCGACGACCUGUGCUGCGGACUGGUGGACGAUUUCGUGUCUGGCACAGAAGACGGCAUCUUUCUGGGACACCAAUCCACCUGGAAAAUGGGCUUCCCCGGCGACUGGAACAUCUUUGUAUCGAGCAGCGACAGCUCAAACGACGGCUGCCAUAAAAGUAGUGAGAAGGUCUUCAAACAGGAAGUUUCAGAAGAGGAGAGAAGUAUCCACUGGAGUAGCGAAGACGACCAGAACGUAGUCGAGUUUGACAGUGAGGAAAGUAAAGCGCUUUGGGAGUCUCUGUCAAAAUCUAGUGAUCCUUACAACCCCUUCUUUUUCUCUGCGUGCAUUUCAACAAACACAAAUAUGGGGAGAAGUAAAGGCAAAGCGAUGGACAGUGAUGCUGACGUCAUGUCAGUGAGCAAGUCCAGCGAGGAGAUGUUGGGGCCUCUGGGCCUGAACGUCUGGGUCAGUCGUUCUGACAGCGAAAGCAGUUGGAGCAGCUGGGCAAGUUCGGAGGGUUCGAGCCCCGACAUCGACGAGGAGAGCGAGAGGCUCUUGGAGUUCUUCAGCAGUCCCGAAGACCCUUACAAUCCCAUGUGCUUCACUGCACGCACAUUCAGCAGCACAUCACCUCAAACCACCACAGUUUCUAAACAACAGGCCUCACUCCCUGCACCUUCCUCCAAGUCAGACACCGACACGGAGGAGAAGGAGAGCAGCUUUCCUCCUUCAUCUGAGGAUGACGAAGAAGAGCAGCUGUGGAAAGCUCUCUGCCAAAAGGACGACCCGUACCACCCUCUAAACUUCCAGGCCUGCCUCCAGAGCUCCCCGACAACAACACUGCAGUCUGGAGAUCCCAUUAAUGUCCACCACACACAAAACCCACCCACAAAGGGAAAGAAAUGUGAAAAAGAGGCAAAAAGACGCCAAAAAUCCAGAGUCACCAAGCCCUCGCUGCCAGAGAGGCAGUUAAAGCAUCACUCCCAUCCAGACAAAACACUGGUGCCCUGGAAAAGACCUGGACAAACACCUCAGCCACUGCCAGAGGAGAAGAAGGAAAGCAAGGCCACCACCUCCCAGAAAAAGGUGCGAUUUUCUCCUCUGGUCCAAGUCCACGUCAUGCGGACCUGGCCGUUUGCCCGCCAGGCGUCUCGUAAAGGACACUGGGAAGAAAUGGUACGAGACCGGGACCGCUUCCGGAAGCGGGUCCGGGAAACGGAGCAGGCCAUCGGCUACUGCUUCACCCAGACCCACAGAGAGAGGAUCCGGGCGUCUCUGGACGGUGCCUUGAAAUAAAGAAAAAAAAGUCCUGGACACUGAAUGUUUUAUUUCCUUUUUGGAUGAGGACUCGUGAUUGGUUGCAAUGCAACAGUGAUUUUUGAUUUAGGCCAAUUAGAAAAUUUGAUGUUAGGCCAACUUCAAUGUUCGGUGUCAAGUUGAACAACCUUGUACCUCAAAAGGUUUUAUACAUUUUGUGACUCUUGCACUGACUGACACUUUCUCAUAUUAACCUCAGCAUUAACGUGUGGGAUGUUGUUUUUGUAUGCCUUAUACACUGACCUAGUAAUGUAACUUAUUUAUGCCCUAUGGAGCUUGUUGUUUAUUUUUUACCGUUGGUUUUAACUAUUUGUGUGAAGAAAACCACAGUCGUGAAUGUAGAAGUUAAAAGUAGAUUAUGAUGAUAUCGUAAGAAAGCAGAGCUUUUACAGUACAAAGUGUUUUGAAAAGUGUUUUGUUUAAGCAUGUUGUGUAGAUAUGAAGUUCUGGUGCGGUUUUUGUCUUUAUUGUUCAAAUAUUUGAGUUCUUGAUUUUUAAGUUUUGUCUUGUUUGAUGGCACAUAUUAGCAGUGUGGAGAUGAAUAUCUUUAUUAUUAUAUUGACUGGAAAGAUUCAAACACUUUGUCCUAUGUGACUCACUCAGCUUCUCAUGGUAACGUCAUGUAGCCGGAAAUAUGUCAAAAAAUUGUUGGUAGCAAAUUUGUCAUUAGGUGCUUUGCCAAAUCAAUAAAAUUUGUUACACUAUA